AUGGAGUGUAAUCACAUGCUUCCGAGCGAUCGUGAGACCGAGUCUCGCCAUCCCCUCGGACCACCACCUGCUCGACCCUCACCUUCUCUAAUGGCACUAUCCCCUCCGGCUUAUUCGAACCUCGCGUUGCCCAGCCCAAGGGAUUUUCCAGAUGUCCCUGCAACGGAUCCAUCGACCUUUUUACCUCCUCUAGCUCGCGUUGGAGCCGACAACGACAUCAAAUUGCCCUCGAUAAGCUCUCUCCGAAGUGAAAUGGCCCUCGAACCACCAAGAACAUGGGGUCUUCUGCCUCCAAUGCCUCCGAAUCAUGCGAUGCCCAUGGGACUUCCAUCUAUCGAUAGUCCCACUCGAAUGGAUCUUGAUGCGAGCAGCAACAGUGUUAUCAGUGCUGCAUCGCCCGAUCGACUUUUGGAUGCGAGAGCUGGAAGCGUCAGUCUUGAUGACCCCGAUGUGCGACUUGCAGCCGAAGCGCUCGGGGAUUUGAGAGCAGAUUUUAUAUCAUCACCACCCCACACGAAUUCGUCGCUUCCAGUCAGCCCACCAUCUCACGGACUUCACAACGGAUCACAACCACCACAGCCCGAACCGCUUCUAUCUCUCCUUACGACAACUCAUCCUUUACUGGCCAGCACAAUUGAAGGUGCAACCUCUGCGUACGGAGGCGCCAAGAACUUUUCACCGCGCUUCCGAUCAGGCGCCGAAUAUGUUGAAGGAUAUUUAACACCAAUCGCCAACACCGUUGGCUCUGUUGGUCGAGUCACUGGUGUUGAGGGUGGUGUUCGGUGGUUUUUGGGUGCUGGACGACGACAAAACAGUUCCACGUCUGAUCUCGAAACUGGCAACAGUAAGAAACGUCGCAAGGUGGACAGCGAGGACGAAGCAGUCAGCAACAAACGAUUCGAAAGCGAAGGAAUGCAGCAAAUGUCUGAUGAACAGCUUGAUGACGCCUUUUCGCCAUCUUCCAGGACUCUUUCUCGUCGUAUGUCAACCACAAGUACUGUUGAUACCCUUCCUGCAUACGAUGAAAUGCGAUCCCCGGCAUACACCGAGACAGAUGCCCAGGAUUCUCCUCGAUCAACUCCUCGACCCAACAGUGCAUGGCAGUCACGUCUUAUUAUGUCGACUUCUGGCCUGAGUGUAGCCAUGAGUGAGGAGAGUCUACGCAGUCUCAAAUAUUGUCUUCAAUGGCUUCGAUGGGCCAAUGACCACAUUUCUCGUGUCAUCAUGGCAUUGAAGACAACUCUUGAACAGUAUGAAAAGGUUCAGCCACAAGAGGGAUCCGAGAAACAAACCGGCCAAGGGUCUGAGACAGAAUCUCGAACUCUACUUGCAGCCCGUAUUUCGAGUCUCAAGAGUGACGUUCUCAAGACUCUUCGUGAUGCUAUCAACACUGUUUCAAAAUAUGCAGGAGGCGCAUUACCUGAAAACGCACGAAUUCUUGUGCGACGUCAUCUCACCAGUUUGCCCCAACGAUUCCGCAUUGCUACCAUGUCGGACAGAAACCCCAACAGUCAACAAGACAGCGAGUCUGCUCUGACUGAAAGUGCACAAAAGGUUUUGGUUUUGGCCAAGGAGGGUUUGGACAUGGUUGUUCAAGUCAGUGGUGUUGUUGACGGAACAAUCGUCAGCGCUGAACAGUGGCUUGACCGCAUGGGCUCCAAACGACGGGCUCCAGAUGAAAAGCCAGUGUUGCCUCAAACAGAGUCCAACGGCGAUGUCAAGAUGGGUUGA